UUUAGAUCACUUUGACAUCCGAACAGAAGUUAUCUCUAAAGUCGUCUCCUACGAUGAACCUCGUUUUACUAGGACAAUUAGAAGAGCUUAAGAGUGAAGGGAUGACUGGAAACGAGAGUUACCUGGACUACGAACCUGAUGAUGAGACUGUGACCUCGCUGAUACACUUGGCCCAGAUCCUCUAUUUCUACUAUAUACCUGUCAUAAUUUGUCUUGGGAUAUCCCUCAAUACUAUUGUGUGCAUCGUCCUUCUCAGAACUAAACUAAGGAAGAAGUUCUACACACAUGUGUUUGCCGCCACAACCAUCAGUGAUAAUGGCUUUCUGGUGACGGUUCUGUUGAUCUGGAUGAAGGACCAAGCGGUUGAUAUUUACAAGGCUCCUGGAAUGUGUCAGAUGAUCAUUUUUAUGAGUCAUUUCUUUCCGUUUCUGUCUUUCUGGCAUAGUGUAUCAGCAAGUAUUAUUCUAUUGAUACGUCCGCGUUCCUCGUGUUUAACAAACACGUGUAACGGGCCGGGGAAGUCCAGGGCUUUAAUUGUCUCUCUGUCUAUUUUUACAUUGACAAUAUAUAUUUACAAAACAUGGACAAACGGUGUGUUGAUUAUUCAAGGAGCUCGAUACUGCACUAUCCUACCGGAAACGGAAGAAGCCAUGAAAAUAUUGAAUAUUCUGGAUGUGAUAGUCUUACUUGUUUUACCUUUUAUUAUGUUCAUCAUUUUUGACUUACUGAUUAUCAUCAAACAAAUUAUGAAGUUCUAUCUUGCCAACUCCUUUAAUGGAUCCAGUACAUAUCGAGAUUCUUUAAAAGUUGUUUUGGUACACUCCAUUUGUUUUCAUGUAUUUGUAGGACCAGGGUGUAUCUCAAAACUCAUUUUACUGUUUCGCUAUAUGUCCGGAAAUGAACACUAUGAUUAUGAGGGAAUGAUCCUGGAGAGUAUAUUUCAGUAUGUAUUCUACACUUAUUUUGGCAUAAAACCUCUUUUCCAUAUCAUCGUUUCAAAAUCCUUACGAGUGCAUCUGAAAGAACUGUUAUUAAAAGCGAAACAAACCAUGUCAAUGUCCCGGAUGUUGAUGAAUGCUGGAUCACAUGAUCAGACCUUACUGUAGAUCAUUUUUGUUCCUAUGUAUGAAAUAAAUGUCAUGGUGCCUUUCCAGUGUAAAAUAUUCCUAUUGAUAAAAACAGUUGGUAAUUCGAUGAAAUCAGUUGAAUACGCAACAUCCGAGGCCAAACUAAAACCAGAACUUCACCUUGUAUCUGAGUCGAUUUGUUGGAGACUGUUCUAUAGAAGUAACCAUCCCUCAAAGAGAACGAAAGAUAUGCAAUUUACAUAUCACGGAAAAAAUUGCAAUCUUUUAUCUUGUUAGCAUUGUGUCAGGGUUAGCAUCAGAAUUAUGAAAUUACGAAAUUAAUGGUUACGAAAAUCAUUCUAAUGUUUAAUUUAUACAAAUCAAAAUAACUUUUUUGCCUUACGUUGUAUAAAACUGUUG